ACCCAUUCAGAGUGUUCACACUGUCCGCAAUUGACUAAUUUCCAUAAUUGAUUAAUUUCCAUACCAUUUCAAACAUUUAUCAAUUUACACUAUAAAUAUUGGCCAUACCUUCUCCUGUCUACUUCCAUGCUUCGGUCUUCUUCAUCCUCUAUUUUCUCUCUCCUCAGACAAAUAUCUAUACCAGUUUCUUUCGCUUCAAUUGUUUCAUACAAUCAAUUAUCUUUCAUUUCUAAACCAACCCAGUUCAGAUCUUCCUUCAACUUUGCUACUUUGUCUUCUGGGUAUUUUAAUCAAUCCCCCUUUUCUCAAAGUUUUAGGUCUCAACAAACUAUGGCAAGUGACUCUUCUGCUCAACCCAAAUCAGUUCACGAGUUUGUUGUCAAGGACGCCCGUGGAAAUGAUGUUGAUCUUAGCAUUUACAAAGGGAAGGUGCUGUUGAUUGUCAAUGUUGCAUCACAAUGUGGGCUUACCAACUCAAACUACACAGAGAUGACUGAAUUGUAUGAGAAGUACAGGGAACUAGGUUUGGAAAUCUUGGCAUUUCCAUGUAACCAGUUUGGUAAUCAAGAGCCAGGAAGUAACGAGGAGGUCUUGGAGUUUGCAUGCACGCGUUUCAAAGCUGAAUACCCCAUUUUUGACAAGGUUGAUGUGAAUGGUAGUAAUGCUGCCCCAAUCUAUAAGUUCUUGAAGGCAAGCAAAGGUGGACUUUUUGGAGAUGGACUUAAGUGGAACUUCACCAAGUUUCUCGUUGACAAAGAUGGCAACGUUGUUGAUCGUUACGCACCUACUACUUCACCAAAGAGCAUCGAGAAAGAUGUGAAGAAACUGUUGGGCAUCCAAAAAUAAGGGGUAGGUUUAGAAGCAAGCAUGUAGCAUGUUGGCCAAGAUAUGAAAUAUUAUGAAUAAUAAGAGUGACUAUGAACAUCAUAUCCUUUUUCGUUUGUUUCGCUAUCUCAUGUAGUAUUUUGCUUUCGGUUUGUAUAAAAACUGUUGUUUCAAUGUACACUAUAUUUGUCAGAUUUCCAAUUUGAUAAUGUAAAAUUAGAAGUUGCCCUUAA